GGCUAGAACAGCCUCCACCCAUCCCCUACGAAGCGAAGCGAGAGAACCCACCCGACCUAAACGAAUCGAAGCAAUGGCGUCUCGUCUCGUUGCGGCGGCGGCCUCCUCGUCCUCCUCCUCCGCGUCCCCCCUCGCCCGCCUCAUCUCUCGCCGCCGCCUCGCUGGUGGCGCAGAUCCCCAUGGGCCUGCGAAGGUGAACUUGUGGCAAGAUCCGAUGAGCCCCAGCAAAUGGAAAGAAGAGCACUUUGUGCUAGCCAGCUUAUCUAUGUGGGGUGUUGUAAUGUAUGGUGGAUUCAAGAUUUUUGCUGGUGGGAAGAAGGAAAACAAGAACGAGGCGGUGCCAACACAGGUAUAGGAGGUUCCACCGGGGUUCUACCUAUUUCUGUGGCAGUUUAAAAAUGUUAUGAUGUGCUUUUGAUGUUGUUGACAAUAAACUGUGGCAACUAGAGAUUCUGAUGUUGUAAUACAGGCAAGAUUUCGAGGAUUUACACAUACUAUCAGAAUAUCAUCCACCAUGAAUAAUUUUGCUGAAGUGGAACUUCAUGUUUGUGAACACUGUAGACCUUGUAUUCUUUUCCUCGAUUGAUUAAUUGAUGUUUUCAAAUUAUCUCA